AUGGAAGAUAACAGCUCACUGGUUGGUGUUGAGUCUCUAAGGUGGCACAAGCUCCUCAUUGUGCAGAUCCUGGUGAACCUUUUUCUUUGCAUCAACUCUUUUCUCAUUGUGACCUUUUUUUUAAAUGAAUGCUUCUAUACAACUACACGCUAUGUCUUAUUUGCUGUUACACUGUUUUCCGAUAGCUUCCUAUUGUUAAUUUCUAAUAUAAUGCUCAUCUUGAGCUAUUUCCAGUUUCCCAUCCCAGUUUGGUUAUGCAUCAUCAUGUCUGUUGGAGCACGUAUGUAUAUUACAGUCACACCAGUUACUUUGACAGUGAUGACCCUGGAGCGCUACGUGGCCAUUUGCAUGCCCCUGCGCCACGGAGAGCUGUGCUCCCGAAGCACCACUGUGAACUGUGUACUCAUUAUUCACGGUCUCAGCUCCGUACCUUGGAUGGUUUUUUUCUCCAUCUUCUUUGCCACAGCCUCACGUAGUUUUUACACACAUGACAGAGUGUGCUCUGUUGCGAUAUUCAUUUUGUUCAGAUGGCAAGCUGAUAUUAGGGCAAGUAUUAGUCAGUUUUACUUUGUGCUCAUGGUCAUUACUAUUAUAUUCUGCUAUGUUGAAAUAAUGAAAGUAGCCAAAGCUGUAUCAGGAGAGAAAAAAAAGUCAACAGGGAAAGGGCUCAGAACGGUCAUUCUUCAUGCUUUCCAGCUGCUGCUCUGUCUCAUCCAGCUGUGGUGUCCGUUCAUAGAAACUGCUGUCCUUCAGAUUAGUUUAAAAUUAUUUCUUAAUGUCAGGUACAUUAACUACUUAACUUUUAGUCUUGCUCCAAGAUGCCUGAGUCCUCUCAUUUAUGGCCUCAGGGAUGAAAAAUUUCUUCAUGCACUGAAAAGGAAUAUUUUCUUUGGCUUGUGUAAAAUAAAUAUUAGAGAAAUGUAG